AUGACGUCGCAUAACGCUGAGCCGUCGCGGCAAUCGUUUCCGGUUUCCAUCUCUAGCGCCCUUCCGUCCAUCGAUCCUCGUCCGUCCAUCGAUUCGCGGCCGAUCGGUUCCCUGGUUCCAGACGAGGAAGAUGACGUGGCGCCGUGGAAGUUAGACGAUGACGAAUCACACGAUUUAGAGCCACAAGUUUCCGACACAGGAGGGGGACGGAUCGCCGCACGAACGGCGCAGAUCACCGAAGGAGCGCGGCGGAUCGCCGCAGGCAGCGGGGGAGGCGACGAGCAGAGCGGCGAAGUCCUCCGCAAAAAGCUUAUUUCGGUUGACGCGCGCGAGGGUGCCUUUCCGCCGCGCAGGAGGCUGGGUGCGGGCGAUCUGCGCGCGGGGGCCUUUUCGCGGCGGAAGCGGUGGAAGGAGCGGCUGGUGCGCAAGCUGGGUCCGGGGAAGAACAAUCUCCGCGAGUACCUCCGCGCGGAGGGCUCCCUGCGGUCCGAGAAUCUAACUACACGAUACCUAAUGGAGUCUCUACACCACGUGUUCUUAGACUAUCACAACCAGUCCCACCAGCAGACGGAGGACAUGCAUAUCAGGUGCAAAGGCGGCGAGUGCCCGGAUUUUCAGCAGUGCUCGGGGAAUUUCACCGCUGUAGACGCGUGCCACUGCCCGGAUAUGGAAGAUUUGAGUCGGCGGGCAGCUUUACCGCCGCUGAACUGCCCGCGGAAAAAGAAAGUUAUGGUGGAUUCGCCGCUGAAUAUCAAGCCAGUGAAGAUACUGUUUGAUCCGAAGUGCUCUCACGCGGAGGAUGACAUUCCGCACUUUGCGUGGGUGAGCCAGAUGUUCAACCUGCGCCACGUGUACUUCAACUCGCGCGGACAGGCGUUUAAUGACUCGUUCCUCUACGACCGAAAUGGCUGCGGCAGCGAACACAAGAUGUUCAACCUGUGCCACGUGUACUUCAAUUCGCGCGGACAGGCGUUCAAUGAUUCGUUCCUCUAUGAUCGCAAUGGCUGCGGCAGCAAGCACACGGUGAGAGGUGGAGAAGUGGUGGGGCACACGGUGAGAGGUGGAGAAGUAGUGGAGCACAAGGUGAGAGGUGGAGAAGUGGUGGAGCACACGGUGAGAGGUGGAGAAGUGGUGGGGCACAAGGUGAGAGGUGGAGAAGUGGUGGAGCACACGUUCGACAUCCCAGAAGGUACCAGAGUCACGGUGUACGAUAGAAUCAUAAACCUGGCGCAUUGGAACGCGUACCAGUUCUACCACGGCAUUCUCGAGCUCGUGCCCGUCUUCUUCAUGCUCUCCAAGGCGCCGCACCUGCUGCGCGCGCUGCCCAUCGCCGUGCAGUACCUGCAGAUGGACUUUCUCGAGAAGCUGGGUACCUUUUUCAUCGGCAUGGAGAUGGUGCACAUGGACUUACGAGUGGUGCCGGAUAAUGAGCCCAUCGCCGUGCAGUACCUGCAGAUGGACUUUCUCGAGAAGCUGGGCACCUUCUUUAUCGGCAUGGACAUAAUUCACAUGGACCUGAGGGUGGUGCCGGAUGAUGAGCUGUUCUUCGCCCGUCAGGUGCUGCAGUACCUGCAGAUGGACUUCCUGGAGAAGCUCGGAACCUUAUUCAUCGGCAUGGAUAUGGUUCAAAUGGAUUUACGAGUGGUGCCGGACGACGAGGUGUUCUUCGCUCAUCAGGUGCUGCAGUCACUGCUCCCACUGGCUGGUGGUGGUGGUGGUGGUGCUGCUGCUCAUGCGAUGAUACAGCACCCGGGCGCUGGAGCAGCAUGGGGAGGUGGAGGAGCUGCUGCUGUGAGCGCCUGCGGACUGGGUGGUGGUGCUGUGCUGGCACAGAGAUACAACACGCAGGCACUGGAGAAGCAUGGGGAGGUGGAGGAGCUGCUGUGUGCGCCUGCUGACUGGGUGGUGGUGCUGGCACAGCGAUACAACACCCGCGCACUGGAGCAGCAUGGGGAGGUGGAGGAGCUGCUGUGCACUCUCUUCCCUCGAGAGCGGGUGGUGGUGUUUGAUGGCAGCCUGCGCAUUGCUGAUGGUGAGAGGGGGAAAGGAAGGGAAUCUUGCUCCCCUGUGAUUAUGAUUCUGUGCAUUGCUGAUGGUGAGCAGGAGAAGCGUGGGCCAGAUCGGGUCGGGGGGAUAAGAGGGGGAAGCAGCACUCCCAGUGCUGUUUGUCGCCAUGCUCGGAGCAGCGCUCAUCAACGCCAUCUUCAUGCCACACCCCCCCACCCAAUCAUCCCCAAUCUUGGCCGAUCUUCCCAAAUCUCCCUUACCCUUCAGCCAAGGCUCUGUUCAGUCAAGCUGUUCUCUUCGUGGCAGCACACGGGGCAGCGAUCACCAACGCCAUCUUCAUGCCGUUCAAGUCAACCCCCUCCUAUCUCCCCCACCCGCCUUUCUUCUUACCCUGCAGCCAAGGCUCUGUUCAAUCGAGCCGUGCUGUUUGUGGCAGCACACGGGGCGGCGAUCACCAACGCCAUCUUCAUGCCGUUCAAGUCGGUCCUGCUUGAACUGCGCCCCAGGGACUUCCACAAGGCGUGCUACCACCACCUGGCCGAGGUGUGCGACCUGCAAUACUUGCUACUGCUGUGUGAGGGAGCCAAGGACACGCCUCUUUCGUGUGAUAUGGGUGAAGUGAGGAGGGUAUUAGAGGAGGUGCAAGGGCGUGUGGAUAAAGUGCUGGAAGAAGGGCCGGAGGUGCAGCUGGAGGAGGAGGAGGAGGAGGAAGGGCAGCGUUGA